AUGGCCACAACACCUCUGCCGUAUCUUGUGGCGCCGACUUACUCCUGGGACGGCGUCGAUGGGCUUUGGUCGACUUUUGCCAUCGAAGUCGGUACACCACCGCAGUCGCUGCGCGUUGUUCCAGCCACUAUCGGCCACGAGAUCUGGGCUCCCGUUGUAGAAGGCUGCGAGGGCCUCACACAGCUUGCGAAUUGUGGCAACCUUCGAGGAGUUGAUGGGAAUGGCAGUCAGGGCUACCAGACGAACGCGUCAACCUCAUGGAAUGCUAUACCUGGCGACCCCUACGUGCUAUCGGAUGGCCAAAAUCUGUUUGGAAUCUUCGACACUGGCCUUUAUGCAUACGAUACCGUGGCCAUAGCCCGAAAGGGCGCCGACAAUGGCUCGGUACUACAGAAACAAGUCAUUGCUGGAAUCGCAACGCUCGACUUCUGGCUUGGGACAAUGGGACUAGGCCCUUCGCCCAGCCAGUUCAGUGGCGAUAGCUCAGCGCAGAGCUUGAUGUUCACUCUAAAGAAUCAGAGUCUGAUACCGAGCUUGUCAUACGGGUACACGGCUGGACAACACUACCAUAACGUACCUGGUAGUCUCGUCUUGGGCGGUUAUGACCAAGCUCGACUGUCGAACACACCGACGCCUCUGACACUACCGCUGAACAGCAGCGCUGGGACCCAGAACAUACAGCUCGGUCUACAAAGUGUAACAGUCCAAGGUGCGCUCGGUGGCUCGACGCAGCAGCUACUCGACGGCGCAAUAUUCGCCAACCUUGACUCUGCAGUCUCGCAAUUAUGGCUUCCGGAGAAGGUCUGCGAGUAUUUUGCGGAAGCAUUUGGCCUCACUUACAGCGCCAAUGUCAACUAUUACUUCAUUAAUGACACUAUGCAUAAGCAGAUGCUAGCCAGUAACCCGACUUUGACGUUCUCCAUUGGCGCUGUGAGCGGUAGCACGGUCAACAUCGAUCUACCCUACAAAGCCUUCGAUUACAAUUUGAGCCAACCCCUGUCAGCCUCGCCAUAUCUAUACUUCCCACUGCGCCAAGCAAAGAACGAGUCGCAGUACACGAUCGGCCGCGUAUUCCUGCAGGAGGCGUAUAUCGUAGUGAACUGGGAUAAUGCUACGAUCACUAUUGGACAAGCUGUAGCGCAGAACAGCACCACCAGCGUCCAACCAAUUAUCGCUCCAUCUCCGAAUCCUGCGACGAACGGAUCUGCGAGUCCAGCACCAGCGCCUCCAGCCGUACAACAUCAUGGAAUCUCGACUGGCGCAAUAGCUGGCAUCGUCAUUGUCAUAAUCGCGCUCAUCGCAGCAGCAGCAGGAUUCUCCAUCUUGCGUAUGCGACGCAAGAGACGUGCUACAAACGAUAAAUGCGAUCAUGAACCAAGUGCACUCGAAGUCCACAACGGAGCAGCGGAGGAGUACUAUCCACCCGAGAAAGUCGGGAACGAGAAAUCAGCAUUCGGAUCAUACGCGCAAGUCAAUGAGAUGGAGUCGCACAACCGACCAGGGAUGCACGAGCGCAAGACCAGCGAGCUGGACAACGAACACCAGAUCCAUGAGAUGGAAGCUAUGCUGCAAGACCGCGAGUUGAUGAGCACACCAGUCUUCGAGCUCGAAGGCCAUGCUGGCAAUGAAUUGGACAGCCGCACGCGACCGAUGAGCGAGAUGUCGUCCGCGCGGAGAAGUCUAAGGUCUUUGCCAACGAGCCCGAUUGCGGGUCGACACAUCGAUCUACCUCUACCUUCGCCACCUUUGCCGUCGCCGCCGAUGUCGUCUCCUGGCAGUGAUGAUACAGAGCAUCCUUUCCCUUCGCCUGCCAGCGAGGAGAGGUUCGUUACUCCCCUUGGUACGCCCGGUAUUGAGGAGCCCGAGAACACACUUGACCGGACGGUCGCGGGCUCUGGCAAUGCGAAUCUGACCGUUGCUGAGCACACCGCUUUCCGCAAUAGUAGCGUAUCCUUACUUGAUGGAGUUGAGAACGAACAAGAGAACGCUCAUUACGUCGAGGACAUGGUCAAGGACGAGACUGUUCCGCCGCACCUCAAGGAAGGAGCAUCACCACCUACUUGA